AUGCAGGUGCAGGACUUCCUGUUGCGGUCGCAGAGGGACGUGGGUAACUCCAGUCAAGGGGUGUGGCUCCAGCAGGCCUGCGCCCUAUUCAUCCAGACCGGCGUCCAGCUCCUUCCUGUUUUUACCCAGCAUGCAGCAGCCCUGAGCAACAGCAGUCUGGUCCGAGCCAACUUCAGUCAGCACAACCAAACCCGCAGCCAGCUGCAACAGUGGGGACGUAACCACGGCACCGGUGAGCCGCUCCAGUCCGGUGGCAGCGGGGAGCUGUUUGGGUCUGGCGAGGCCCAGGGAGAGACCUCGUUGUGGGCCAAGCGGCUGCAGAUGGCCCUGGUCAACACUGUAAACUUCCGGGGAGUGUGGCAGAAGCAGUUCCUCUUCACUGAUACCCAGAACCUUCCCUUCACCCUGUCGGACGGCAGCACCAUCAAGGUGCCCAUGAUGCACCAGGCCACAGAGGUCAACUUUGGGCAGUUCCGCACCUUGUCAGACCAGCGUUACACAGUCCUGGAACUGCCGUACCUGGGCCGCUCCCUCAGUCUGCUGGUGGCCCUGCCCAGUGACAGGAAGACACCUCUGUCCUCGCUGGAAUCCCAGAUAACACCCCGCGCUGUAGCCACUUGGGACACUGGCCUCCGCAGAACAAAGAUGGAUGUCUUCCUCCCCAGGUUUAAAAUGCAGAGUAGGUUCAACCUGAGGUUGGUUCUGCCGUCAAUGGGGGUCAGAGACGCCUUCAACCCAAUGGCAGCAGACUUCACCGGCAUCUCAGCAGAGGAAGGCCUGUAUGUGUCAGAUGCCUUUCAUGAGGCCAGGAUAGAGGUAACAGAGGACGGGACCAAGGCAGCGGCAGCAACCGCUAUGGUGCUACUCAAACGAUCCCGAGCUCCCGUCUUCAAAGCAGACAGACCUUUCUUCUUCCUCCUGCGACAAGUCAGCACAGGAUCUGUUCUAUUUAUGGGGCGUGUGAUGAAUCCAGCUGAACAGGCACCCUAGGACCUCCUCUACCACCCUAGGACCUCCUCAACCACCCUAGGACCUCCUCAACCACCCUAGGACCUCCUCAACCACCCUGGGACCCCCUCAACCACCCUGG